AUGAAAGUAAAGACAGUCCACUGUUGUACACAUAUUAAAGUAACAAUGAAUGCAAUAAAAAGCAAUCAUGAUCUAUUAAAAUGUGCACAAAAUAUAAUCAUUAUACCUAGUGAUGAUAAAAGUUCAAAUGUUUAUGAAGAAAAAAUUUCACAAGUUUUUCAAGCUCAUAAAAUUAUUAUAAAAAUUGCAACUAUUAUAGCUUAUCCUGAAUAUCUCAAAGAAAAUAAUAAUAUGACAAAAAAAACACUUGUUUUUAUUGCUAAUGGUAGCGAAGAAAUCGAAGCAGUAACAACAAUAGAUGUUCUACGAAGAGCUGAAAUUGAAGUUGAUGUUGUUUCAAUUGAAAAGAAUGGUCAUGAAUCUGUAAAAUGUAGUCGAAAUGUUCGUAUUUUACCGGAUAAAUCAAUUGAUGAUAUUAAAAAUAAUCAAUAUGAUUGUGUUGUUAUACCUGGUGGUAAUGAUGGAUCAAAAGCAAUGGCAGCAAAUGCUGAAGUUGGACAAAUUCUAACAAAACAUUAUCAAGAUGGUAAAAUAGUUGCUGCUAUUUGUGCUGGACCACGAGCAUUAUUAUCACAUAAAAUUGGUAUCGAUCAUAAACAUACUAUAACAUGUUAUCCAACUGUACGUAAAGAAUUUACUGAUGGUGAACCAUAUAAAUUAGAUACACCUGAUCAUGCCGUUUGUCAUAGCACGCAUACAAUAAAAGGUGCUGAAGAAAAAGAACAUCAUUUGGUUACAAGUCAAGGGCCUGGUACAUCUAUGGUUUUUGCAUUGAAACUUAUUGAACUUCUGAAAGGCAAAGAUGAAGCAACGAAAGUUAAAGAUGGAUUACUCGUUUAA